AUGUCAUCUACACCACAGCUACCAUUGGAGCUCUGGUUCCAGAUUCUCAACCAGACGCUCAACCUUCUCCUCCCAACUGCCACAACACCUCGACUCUACUCUACCUACAUAAUGCCAUUGCUUUUGACUUCUCAUACCUUCCACGAACACUGCCAUCCCAUCACGGCCCCUCACCUCCGAAAACACAAGCUGCUUCAACUCUUUACACGAUGGAAGGCUGCACAUUCAAGAGAGGUCCAUUUUUACCAUCACCCACUGCGAACUCAUGUUCGGUACGCCCUCCCAGACCGUGUCGGUAACCCCCCAGGCGAAGAGUACGAGACUCUUUACAGCUUUAUCAAGCGCGCAUAUCUUUUUGGAUGCGAGAGCGUUUGUGGAACUGUGAUCCCGGUGGAAGGUGGUCUGGAAGCACCUCCUGUAGUCCCAGCAGCAGCACCGGGAGCACCUGGGGUGGUGCCGCCUACUCAGAAUGACGAUGCACAGGCCGCCGUCCCUGCUGCAGUUCCUGGAAGUUUGGUUAUCGCUCCACCACCUGCACCAGUGGUUCCACCCGUACCAACGCAUCAUGGGGGCGACGGAGGUGGACAGGGCUGGAAAGGCCACGCUCUGCAGUGGCAUGUCGCCAAUCCAACGUUCGCAGCAGAGGGCACUCUGGAACUCUACAGAGACAUUGUCGAGGAGUAUCGACGAGUUGUCUGUGGAAGUCCGGCGUCCAGGGAGCGUGCACGUGAGAUGGAGUUGGUCAUGGAUCGGAUAAAGAACCCUCACCGAUAUGCUUCAACAGAGUUAAUACAAGGGUCAGACAGUUCUUCCCAGAAACAGCAAUCUACCGCCGAUCAACGGACAGAGAUGGAGCACAUGGACCACAUCAAGGAUAUUGCUGAGGAAGAUGAGUCCGACAUGGAGGAGAACGACGAUGAGGACGACGAUAUCGAAGACAAUGAGUCCGACAUGAUUGAGCGCGAUGAGAGUGAACUUUUGUCCGAGAUCGAGGCUAAGGGUGGACUCCGCCGACGCGAUAGCGGUCAUGGGCAGUCAUCAUCCGACAUGGACAUUGAUGAUGAUCUUGAUGAGGACGAUGAGGAGGACGAAGAUGAGGAUAUGCUGGGCUUGGAUCAACAGGAAAACUAUCGUUGCCGCCACGUCAAUAUCAAUGACAUGCUGGACAACGAGUCCAACAGUGGUCGAUCCAGGAACAGCAGCAAGCGGGAACCUGAGACUAUGUCCAUGGACUAUCAACUUGAGGGAGCCAGCAGGCAUCGCCGUGGAUUGCGUAACCGCAAGAUGGGGCGCUCGUACUCUGCCAACGAACAAGAACGUUUGAUCAUGGGCAUGGCGUUGGAUAAGCCUUAUCACACGAUGGCAUCACUCUCACCCUUCCACGCAAUCGAGGCCAAGGGACAGCUGCCUCCCGCUUCAUCAGGAUCUUCGUCGGCAUCCUCAUCGUCGUCAUCUUCGUCACCAACAUCUCCUGCGUUGGGAUUUACGAGAUCGGGAUCACCGGUGCCUUUCACCCCUUUGGUUUCAUCGACUCGCAAGUCUCGUGACGCUAUGGGAUACAGUCGGCCCAAGUCUCCACGCAAUGUGCUCCAGCGCAGCCACUCUAGUCCUGGUACUACCACUGCCGGUGUUCGUAUACCCACGAGCGCUAACAACACUAAUAACAGCCGUUCCCAACUUGGUGCCGGACCCCUCGAUGCUCCCCCAUCAGACAUAACGACAACGCCUGCAGUCUCGCCACUCGACAACACGACGACAACGGCUCCUUCUUCUACAUCAUCGUCGCAAACGCAGUUGCCUCGGGCGUUGCGCGCAGAAGAUCUGGACUUCGAUCUGGCAUCUGCAUGCGCAAACACGUUUGCUUCGGAUUUGGCGUUUGUCCUUGCGCGUGUGCCAGGGUUGGGUGCCCAUUUUCAUCGAUUCGAGCAGUUGGCCAAGUUGAAGCUCCAUGUGGGCUGGGCCAAGCAUGCACAGAGCCGGGGAGGGAACGAUGUCUUUGUGAUGAGCUGUUCUCGGUUGAUUGGACUCCUUGCUCCCCUGGCCAACACCCCUCUCGUCAGCGAGCGUGGCGGUUAG